ACUGACGCUGGCGCAUUUCUUUACACACUGCGCUCCUCUACCUGUCGAGUGGGACCAAAUCUGUGCGUUAAGGGACCAAAGCGACCGUAAAGGGCCGAGAAAUCCAACGGAUAUACAUGUAUACAGUUUUUAUCCGCAGCUAAUAAUGGAUUCAUUCUUUUUUGGUCUGUAGAUUAUCUACCACCGUUACGAGAAGAAUUCCAAAGAAAAGAUUUUUGACUACCAGCCAGAGACAUGGACUGGAAAACCUUCCAAGCCCUCCUCAGUGGGGUGAACAAGUACUCCACGGCGUUUGGCCGGAUAUGGCUGUCAGUGGUGUUUGUGUUCAGGGUGAUGGUAUACGUGGUGGCGGCGGAGCGAGUCUGGGGUGACGAGCAGAAGGACUUCGACUGCAACACCAAGCAGCCCGGCUGCGCCAACGUCUGCUACGACCACUUCUUCCCCAUCUCCCACAUCCGCCUGUGGGCCCUGCAGCUCAUCUUCGUCACCUGCCCGUCCUUCAUGGUGGUGAUGCACGUGGCGUACCGCGACGACCGCGAGCGGAAGCACAAAGCCAAGUACGGCGAAGACAGCAAGCUGUACAACAACACGGGGAAGAAACACGGGGGCUUGUGGUGGACCUAUCUGAUCAGCCUCUUCGUCAAGACGGGCAUCGAGGUCGCCUUCCUCUACAUUCUCCACCGGGUCUACGACAGCUUCUACCUGCCAAGGCUGGUCAAGUGCGAGGUGUCGCCCUGCCCCAAUCAGGUGGACUGCUACAUCGGCCACCCGACUGAAAAGAAGGUCUUCACGUACUUCAUGGUCGGAGCUUCGGCCCUCUGCAUCAUCCUCAACAUCUGUGAGAUCAUUUAUCUCAUCUCCAAGCGCAUCGUGCGAUGCGCAAACAAGAUGAAAAGGCGCAACCACAACAUUGCCGUGCACCACAACGACCACAAUGACUACAACGACGACCCCUUCAACAACUGCGACCGAACCACGUCGAGGCUCGACUUCAAGGACAAGCCUCCGUCCUUCAGGAGCGUGGCGUUCAAGUCUUCCUACAAGCCGUCUGCGCUGAAACUUGAGGAGAAGAUUCGGGCCUCUGCUCCCAACCUGAGCACCGCUACAUAAUCAUGGCUAAUAUUGGGAACAACAAUGACCAACAGCUCAAUACAGGUUGGAUUCUAGUGACCUGAAAAAAGCAGACUCAGAACUAUGAGCCAUGAGCUGUGUGUCAGAGCCUGGAGGUUGACUCAUCAUAACUAGAUUCAUCCUGUGGGCCCUUGUGUCUAUAACUCUCAAGAAGCGUAUGGACUUUUCACGUUUCCAAGUCAACACCCACAAUAUUUACAAGUCAAGAGGAGCCAAAAUGAUUGGUUGCCGUUGUAUGGUUUUUGAUUGCGGUAGAGUAUGUGCCUUUUCAGCGUCACCUCUAUUAAAACAUUCCAGGAGAGAGGCCCGGCCUUUUUUGUGAUUUCAGUUUUGACACGGAAAUUGUGACACGAGGAGGCUGGACACACCUGGUAGAGGUAUUCAUCCGCCCUACCAGUGUCUACAGUGGUGUGUCUGAGCGCUCCAUUGUUACUGAGUGUUUCUCGAACGCUUCAGUGAUCUCCUAUGUUUAAUUCUAACUCAUAUCAUGAUGUCGUUGUCUCAAUAUUAUGCCAUGGUAAGCCCAAAGUCAGUUAAGGACUUGGUAAACAAUUCUGGACUGGAGCUUGGAUGCUCCACGGUGAUACUUGAAGGUGUGCAAACUGUCACAAAAUGAGGUUUUGUCGCAUUUAUUUCUCAUAUAAGACCAAAUACAGAUCAAAAACGCAUAUAUUGUUGCUUUGCUUCAUCUGAAACCUUGCCCGGGGUACUCGCAGGGCUUCAGGCAGCCACACGUUGUACAUAGAGUGCCUGUGUUUUGACAUGCUUGUACACAAUCUCGCCUGAUCCAGGACCACUGUUGAUUUAAAUAAGUUGAAAGGAAUGCUGCUGUAUAAUUCUGUGUUGGUAGAGCUGGAAACAGUGGAGGGAGUGAGGGAACAAGUAGACGGCACAUUUUACUACUUUUUAGGAUUUUGUUUUGUUGCUGUUGUUGUUGUGAGUCAAAAAACUUUGGCUCACCAUUGUGGACAUCAGAUGGAAAAGUAUUUUCUGCACUUAAUAUUUCAUCUCUAUGGUUUUUUUUUUUUUUUUUAUAAAUGUAAAUAUAUUAAAUCUAUGUGUUGUA